ACGGCGGCCGGGAGGGUCCCGGGGGCGGCGGGCGCGGCGGCGGGAUGGAGUCGGUGGUUUUCAUCUUCUCGCUGAUCGACUGCUGCGCCCUCAUCUUCCUCUCCGUCUACUUCAUAAUCACACUAUCAGAUUUGGAAUGUGACUACAUCAACGCUAGAUCGUGCUGCUCCAAACUCAAUAAAUGGGUGGUCCCUGAGGUGAUUGGCCAUGCUGUUGUAACAGUAUUAAUGCUUAUUUCAUUGCACUGGUUCAUCUUUCUCCUUAAUUUGCCAGUAGCAACAUGGAAUAUAUAUAGGUACAUUAUGGUGCCAAGUGGAAACAUGGGAGUGUUUGAUCCCACAGAGAUCCAUAACCGAGGACAACUGAAAUCACACAUGAAAGAAGCCAUGAUUAAACUGGGCUUUCAUCUGCUCUGUUUCUUCAUGUACCUUUACAGUAUGAUUCUGGCUUUGAUAAAUGAUUGAGAAGUUGAAAAAGAACCAUUAGCUGCCAAACUGGGUCAUCACUCCAGUGACUGGUUGUGGAGCCUCAGACACCUUCCGAACACACCUAGAUCAGUGUCGUCAUGCAGUAUAUUUUUCCUCUUUGAACAAGAAAUAUUUUUCUGUAUUUUUAACAUAAAAUAUUUUCAAAAGACAUUGGAUUUGUGUAGCAGUUGUUUUUGUUCCUUUACAACCCAAACUGCUGGAGUUGCUGUUUCUGUAAGAUGCAAUCCUUGCUUACAGAACUGACCUUUGUAGGAAUUAAAUGGUGAGAAGGGAAACUCAUUUCAGCAGCAUGGGCUGGUAAUGAUGGUAGUUCCAGAACAAAUUUAAGUGCAGCUCUGGUGUCUGCUUCUUACUGAAAGGUGUCAGGAUAUGCCUCUGGCUGUCAAGCUGUCCUACUCAAGCCUAGUUUGAAACAGUGCCUGGAACACAGAUUUCAAAGUGGAAUAGUAGCACAGCUUGCAUCUUUGUGUCAGUGUUUUUUCCAGGUAAAAAAUAGUGGAAUAAAAGUUAUGCUUUUCUCCCUUUUCACCCCUCCCUUCAACAACCUAUGUGAAGUCGUUUUUGGAUGGAUUAAGAUCCCUUUGGUGGAAGUGACACCUGUGUGUAAGAGUGAAAAACAUAAAUAAGAAACAUGAUUAAUACUUACUUUUUCCCUUCAACUCCUGUUUUGUCAUUGAAGUACAUCACAGACCUUCACAUAAAGUAAUCAUCAUCUUGCUGGUUGGAGCUGGUUACAGAGCAAAAGAAUAUUUGCAGUUGCUACUCCACGAACCUGCUGUUUCCAUAUCCAGUGAGGUGAACCAAGAGAAUGUCUAGCUCAGGGAAAUGGUCUGGUAAACCAUAACCCCAUUUAUCCCAAUUCUGAUGUGACUCUGCUUUGAUGAUACCAGCAAACUCAGUUCUUUUUGUGCAGCUCUUGCCUCAGUGAUAAGUGUAUAAACCUGAGUUUGUACCCUCACUGUCCAAUAACUGUCUUUAAACUUUUUUAUAUGUGCUUGGAAAUAGGUCUCUUGAAACAAACACAUCAAUUAAAACACUUUAAAAAUACACUUCUGUAAUUAUGUCCUAAAAUUUAUGGGCUUUUUCUUCCUUAAGUACUUGUUUUUUUAGUGCACAGCUGUAAUUAUCAGAUUGUUUUCAUGGCCAGCAAUGAAAAAGACAACUCUGAGGCUUGAUUGCAGUAGAUACCUUGUGUUCAGUGUUUGUUCUAGGAAAAGUUUGGCUUUAAAUUUGUGAUGGAUGGAGUCCAAGUUCAGCUGUUGUAAAGAUGAAAAACUGCUGAAAAUCAUGCUCCUUAAAAAAUAAUUAAGGAAACAGCUACCCCAGCUGUAUGCCACUGACUACUUUACACCACAAAAAAAUCAAGCUAGAGAAAGUACUGCCCUGUAAAGCUGAAACCCAGACAGGAUGUCAGUCUGGGAAAAGGAGAGCAAGUAAAACUUACAGAGUAGAAAGUAACUUUUGUAGCAGUUUAUGUGGCAGGCAAUUAAAUCAUUUUAUUCAUGUGUGAGAAAAACAUACUACACAUUUUGGGUGCUAUCUGUUAGAAGAGAGGGCAAUGUGGAUAAGCUGCUUAAGUCAGGUCCUUGCUGUAGUGCUGACAGUAGAUAUAUUUCAUUAAUGUUUCACACUGAGAAACAUGAGCAUUAAUCUGCAAGUUCAUAACUUAAACUAGCAGCUGUAUAUCUUAUUCUAAAGACAUGAUUUUGAGGUAAGAGCUUUAUCAUUAAUGAAAAUAUUUGUAUGAUACAUUGUCUCUGAUGAUUUCUAACUACUAGCACCUCAGAAUUGCAGGGAUGAUGUUUAGACAGAGUAGACUCAUUCCCCAAGGAAAUUGGUAAAAUUUAUCACUCACUAUGAAAAGCUUCUAUUCCCUACCCAGACAACUGUUUCUUCAGAGAUGGGAGCAGGACAGAGAAGGAUAAGGGAAAACAACAUAUCUGAGGUAAAAAAAAAAUGGGGAUAGCAUGUGUAUUUCCUGACCUAGAGGGAUGUUAUUGUGGAUUCCUCCCCACUUCCUCAAGAGUGAAUUAUUAACCAUGAUAGACCAACAAAAAAAAAAA